AUGAAUGCCUACGUUGCCCUGGUCUACGGUAUUCAGUAUCUGUCGUUCUACAGUAUCCCCUACAUCUUCCGACAUCGCGGCUGGCCGCCACAAACUGCUUCCCUACCAUUUUUAUCUAUGCUUCUGGGAAUAGCCAGUGCUGCACUGUCCGUCAGCAUCUUCUACGCGAAAUGGCUGCAGCCACGCUAUCUCGCUCGAGGCAAGGUUUUACCUGAGGAUCGUCUACCGCCAAUCAUUGUUGGCUCGAUUCUCCUACCGCUUGGGCUGUUUUGGAUGGCAUGGAGCUCUUCGACACACUGGAUCGCACAAGUCAUACCAAUCUUCUUCUUCGGCGCUGGAAUCAUGUUGGUCUUCGCUGUCAGUGUUGUGUACAUCAUCGACAUCUAUCUGCCUCUGUCUGCGAGUGCUCUGGCGGCCAAUACAGCUAUACGAAGCGCAGUUGGCGCUGGACUGCCGCUCGCAGCUCCGAAGAUGUACGACAAUCUCGGCAUUGGUUGGGCUACAACCCUGCUGGGCUUCCUCACGGUUCUAUUGAUCCCAGCACCACUGAUUUUCUACCGCUAUGGCGAUCGGCUCAGGAAGUCAUCAAAGUUUGCCAUCAGCUAG